AUGUCUUCAUCUUCAACCAUUCCUUCUCAAACUUCAAAAAAAGGAACAAAAAGAAAGUGGACCCAUAAUGAAGAUGUUGUACUAAUAUCAUGUUUGGUUGAUCUGCACAAUAAGGGAACAUAUAAUCUAGACACUGGUUUCAAAUGUGGUUAUUUGUUAGAGCUUGAACGAAUGAUUACAACAAGUUUGCCAAAUGCGAAUUUGAAGGCCAAACCUCACAUAGAAUCGAGGAUUAAGACCUUGAAGAAAGAAUGGACAAUUGUAUAUGAUAUGGAACAAGGGAGAGGUACUAGUAGAUUUGGUUGGGAUCAUGAAAGGAAUAUGGUUGUUGCUGAAGAUCUAGUAUGGGAUUCUUAUAUUAUUAGUCACAAAGAUGCUGCUCAAUUCAGAAAAAGGAGUUUUCCUUUUUUUAAUGAGUUGUCUGAUAUUUAUGCUAAAGACCGAGCAACAAUACAAGAUGCUUAA